AACUUAUCAACAGUCGCACUUCAUUAAAUACACAUGAACCAUACAUUUACCGGAUCAUUUUAUAUCCAAUUAAAAACAUCCUAAAUUCCGCACAACAAUAAUUAAUAACUAGCUUGUUUAUAGUUUUAAUUUAUCAAAUUUAAUAUACGACAUUAAACAAAACAUAUGGGGGACUGCACAAGUACAAUGUACCCAAAAGUCAAAAUAUUCAAGAAGACCAACAUCAAAUUAAUAAAAAAAUUAAACCUAAUGUGAUAAAAUAUACUCAGUUGGCCAUAUGACAUACUCUUGCAAUUAGUACUUCCAGUUCAAGAAUUGGGGCCUGGGAGGAUUUCUUCAAUUGUCCAAUUGACCUUUGAUAAGUGGUGGCUAUGUCUUCACUAUUUAACUCUCUUUCUCAUUGAUUGGUCAACUAGUGAUUUGGUCUUUCAAAAGCCAAAUAGAUUAGUGGAGCAGAUUCUUUUUCUAAAUUACCCAACUUCGGGCUGGGGCAGCUGACUUAUUGGGGGCAGCCAUAUUCUUUAAUUGGGGGCAUCUAUUAGGCUUUCUAAAAUUUUCUAAAAAUAUAGAAGGGUUUAGUAGGAUUUUAUUGGGGGCAACUGCCCCCCUACUUCCUUACUACAUCCGCCCCUGGAUGUCACCAAGCCGUCUGAGAACAUUUGUUGGAAGAAUUAGCUGGCUGGGAGAACAAACAGAAAGCCCGCGGCAAACCCACGGCAACCACAAAGAGAGUCACGAAGCAACGGCACACGUAUGCGACGACUUUUAAUUUCGUCCAUCCUCAUCUCAUUCGACGGCUAUGAGGCACUCCGGCGACUGACUUCUCAGUUUCUCUCCGGCAAUUUGGGGCUGCAGUUUCCGACGAGAUACUUUCUUUAGAUUGUUGGAGAAAUUCGUCGGCGGAACCUGCAAAACAAUGUUAGAAAAAAUAAAACAGCCCGAGACGCGUUAGACGCUGUCCUAAAGAAAGUAUUUCUGGUGACCGGAAACCUUCCCCCAAGAUAUAACGGGCCCUUCGGCAAGUUUUGCCGGACACAGAAUCUACGAGGAUAUAUUAAAUUAGAUGUAAUCCAGCAGUGGUUUUAGAGUAUUAGAAUGUAUUAAUAAGGUUGGUAAAGUACAUGUCGUAUCUCACAGCUUCGAAAGAAAAUACAUAUAUAUAGUAAAAUACUUCAAAAGUGGGGAAGUUAGUGAUCCUAAUAUAAAGGAGACAAAUAAGGACAGCCAUGUAAAUGUCAAGCACGUAAUUUAAGCUCUUUAGAUAAUACGGAGUACUUGUUCAACGGAUGCAAAAAUUCCAGACGGUUAAUAGAAAAGUUCAAUGACAAUUAAAUUAUUUAAUUAAGAAAUAAAAUAAAACGUGAAAAGAAAAACAAAGGUUUUGGUUUAUUUGAAAUACACUUAAAAUUUCCAACAUGAAUGAGGGAUGGGGAUCAGGCAUCGAUGCCGUUUAGGUUGUAUUUUAGCUUGUGAAUGGGGAUUGAAAUGGGGAAAGGAUGCGCUGAGUUUGAAGAAAAAUCGAAGGAAAUGAUCAAAUGAAUUAAGGAAAUCGAUGAGGGUGAUGAUAGAUGGCGUUGGGCAGGGGAACCGAGAAUGCAUUGAGCAAAAUGUACUCCAAUUCACCACUUUUUCAAAAAGUACAUUAAGGAGAUGGAUACCCUUAUUCUGCUCAUUACUACCAAAGCAGGAGGCAACAAGUAUACCAGCUAGAACAGGCAUCAACUCAGGGUCACUGAAGAACACGAAAGGGAGGUCGCACACCUUCAAAUUCCAUUUUGCAUUACAUAAAGGUUUUCUUUUGGUAAAGGAUACGUUGUACGGAGCAUUAUACUUAUCAUCCGAAAUAAAAUAGUGGCUUUGUCAACCUUAGGCUGAUAAAUGCAAUGGGAACAGAGUCAUAAGUUAAAUCACUUCCGAUUUUUAUCACUUCCGAUUAAAUAGACUUAUC